UGCGCAUGCGCAGACGAACAGUAGAUGUUCGCGCGUCGUCAGGAGGGCACAUCCGCUAGCAGACGCUAGUGUCGCGACUGUGACUUGUGUUAUAAACGUUGCCAGUGCAUUUUACAAUACUAAUACUAUAACCCCUGGAGUUGUCGGAGCCCGUGGUUGAUAAAGGAUAUUUGCACCCAAUGCUAGAGUAGUCAACAAACAUUCAAGUCAACAUGGGAUUUUCGGCUGGAUUUCAGUUGCUGGCUUGCCUGAUGGUGUUCGCACCAAGCGCACACUCAAUCAUGGUUAAGUACGGCACGAGUGGAGGUCCCAUAGUGCCGCCGACGCCGGAACCAGUGCUGCCCCCGCAGCAGCCCUAUCGUGUUCCUGCGCCGGUCUGGGAAGAACGAUCCAAUGACUCUCCUGACCCUAAUGCCCAAUGGAGACCGCAAUUCUUCAUACCCCAGCCGAGAUACACACACGUGGUGUACAACUCUCAACUGCCCCCGCCCAUACCUCUGAACAAUGCUCAAAGAUUCGUGAACUCUUACUUGCCAAGACAAUCACCAGAAUCUCAGCCUAUACAAGUUCAACCUGUUCGAGAAUACUUUUCUCCAUCUCAAGUUCUCAGCUCCCAGAGUUUACCUGGUUUCGGGUUAAGAUACUUCGUUCCAAUUUACGCUAAAAAUGCUCAAGAGGAGAAGAAAAUUAAAGAGGAUGCUCAGUACAAUCACAUAGCCAGUAAUAACGUUAAUGGAGAAAACAGCGACUCGCUUAGCGACAUACAAUGGAAAUAUGAGAAGGAUGCUCCCAACAGAGUCACUAGGAGUACGCAAGAACGGUCGGGUAUACCAGUACAAUCGUGGUCGGUGUAUGUACCUCGACAUCAUUACCAAUAGUUAUCUUUAUGUUUAUUUUUGGAUGGGUAACGUUCUAUUAUACCUAAAAACUUUACUAAUAAGUUAAUAGCUACCUUGGCGGUCAUAAACUAUAGUAGAUAUUAAUAUUUAUAAAAACGUAAAAUCUUCAAUAAAUUGUAAUUGAUCGCAUUCCUUUGCAUGCUAUUUUUAGUCAAUAAUAAAUAGAUAUAGUAUAGAAAUACGAAAACAAAUUUUGUACAAAUAUUUCUAUUUCACAGCUUAGAAAAUAUGAUAAUAAAAUUACUGUGUACUCUAACUUAAGAUCUUCAUAACAAAAGGGGCCUUAAUGGAGAAAUAUGCCUUUAAUUUUGUAAACAGUCAGGGAUUAAACACAAUCUUGUUAAAAAGUAUGUUUAUUGAAGAACGUUUAUAUAAAUUAUAGUUUUUAGGUAUAAUAAAACAUAAACCAAUUCAUUAACAUCACAAUCAGUGUGUAUACUUACAUAUGAACUACAAAAA